UUCAAAGUACAGCGUACACACUACACUCUUCAAUUAAGCUUAAACACUUUCGGUGUUUGUUAAUCCGUAAAAAUAUCAAAAGUAAAGUAUGUUGUUUUUUUUAUUUCAGUUUUGUGACAAAAUCAAGAUUGUACUUUAAACUAAAGCUUUAGAUUAGAUAAAUAUUAAUUCCAAAAAUGAACAUUUUGAAGAGUCCCGUGUUUCGAGUAUUCUUCUUUAUAAAUUACAUUUACUGCGAAAAAUUUAACCUAUAUGGAGAGGCAGGACAGGCCUAUGCAUUACUUAUUAACAUAGGACAUCCUCCUCAGAAGCUUCACGUUUUAGUUGAUACAGGAAGUGCAACUUUAGCAAUUGCUGCAUAUGCAAGAAAAGACAGUAACAUUUACUUUCAUAAAGAAAAUUCAACAAGCUUAUAUAACAGCGGUAAAGAGGUGCAAGCAAAGUAUUCCCAAGGAACAUGGUCUGGAACACUCGCUUCAGACUUCAUACAAUUCCCCUCAUUGCCAGCAGUACCAGAAGUGAGAAGUGAUUUGGCUCUCAUCACAAAAAGUUAUAAAUUCUUCAUGAAUGGAUCUGGGUGGCAGGGUCUGCUGGGUCUGGCGUAUCUGCCGGUGGCCGCGUGGGGCGACAGCGUGGUGGUGGGCUCGUGGCUCGACUUCGCGGAGAAAGUCGACGGGAGGCCUCUGGCCUUCGAGCUGACGCUGUGCGGCUCGACGAGUCCGGUCAACGCCACUCACUAUGGGAACUUGAGAAUGUUCGCCGACCGAAACGCGUCCGAGGCCGGCGAAUACAUUUUCCGAACGCCGAUAUUGAGGAAGCGCUGGUACGAGAUCGGCGUCCUGGCGAUCCGGGUCUCGAAUUCGACCGAAGACAGGGAGCGGGCCGCCAACGGAACGAGAUCGACCGCCGUCGACCUCGACGAGUGUCGCCUGAUCAACGCCGAGAAGAGCAUCGUCGACAGCGGCACCACCGGCAUCCGGAUGCCCGACGCCGUCUUCCGGCGGGUGAGCCUCUCGCCUUCGCGACUGUCGCGCUUCGCCUCUCGCUUAACAUUGUGUCGCUCCGCAGGUGGUGGGCGAGCUGAGGAGUUCGGCCCGGACGUCGAGCACGCUCGUCUUGGACGAGUUCUGGUACCACGGGGAGGCCGCCUGCUGGCCCGAGCCCCAGGAGUGGAACCUGCCCUCGCUGGCCGUCGACAUCCUCAGCUCGGAGGCCGACGACCGGUUCUUCACCCUCGAGAUCCCGGCUCAGAGCUUCAUGCGCGUGAUCAGCGCCCGCAACAAGUCGGCGUCGAGCGGCUCCGUGUCGGAGUUCUGCUACAAGCUGGGGCUGGAGGCCGCCCCGGGCACGGUGCUGGGCUACACGGCCAUGGAGGGUCUGCAGGUUCUCUUCGACAGGUCCGGCGGCUGGAUCGGCUGGAGAGAGUCGUCCUGCGGGCCCGCGGCCCGGACGUCCGGUCCGUGGAACGCGUCCGGGUCCCUGCUGAGCUCCUGCGGCCUCGACCGAUCUCUGCCGGACGUCAACGUCUCGAUAAAGGCCGCGCAGUGGACCCUCUGCGCCGUCUCCGUCGUCGCGGGCGCGGUGCUGGUCUAUCUCUUGGCUCCCUGCAUCAAGAUGUUCCCGGUGCGACGCCUGCCCCGGUCCCAGCAGAUUUCGCUGUCCCAAGCGGCCUUGGUCGACCGGGAGGCGUAGGAUUUCGUUCCGAGAAUGGUCAUGGUCGCCGCCAUGGUCCCAUUGGGCCAGAGGCCGGGUCUUUUGGACGAUGAAAUACAAAUGGGACCCUAUUUAAGGAUAAAAACGGAACAACUGAUUAGGCAAAGAUAUUUUAUGUAUCCAUAGAAAUGUGACCGCUAAAUCUUUACAUUUCACAGACACCUAUAUUCAAAUAGCAAAAUAUCUGCAUUGCGUGUGUGUGCGUGUGUAAUGAAUAUAGUUAACUCAAUUUUACCUUAUCUUGGUCAACCGUAUCUUGGACCAAAUUAAUCAAUUAGAUUUAAUUAACGAAUUUUUAUAUUUCAGGACUUUGGUUUUAGAAUAUGCAACGUAUUGUAGGACUCCGUCUAGUUUUAUUGUGUGUUUAAUCAAAGGUAAUUGUGUGAUAACAGUUUUGUGAUAAUUUUAGAUAAUUUUAAGAUUUUAAUUAUUAUUAGAAAUAACACCUUUCAGUAUUUUAAAUAAUUCUAGCUGUACAUUAGGAAAGCCUCUUCUACGUAUGUGCGAAUGUGAGUUUAAGACAAUUUACCCUCGGUGCCAUCUACUGGGACAUUGGACCGGCCCACUUUGGUUUAUUGCCUCAACGCAUUGCUUCUAUACCAUUGGAGUAGUCGACACAAUGUGGAAACCCUUAGCCCUUCCGAUGUCGGCGAGAACUCAAAAAACAUGUCCCGUUGAAUACGAUGAGAUCGUUGCAGGGGACAAAUUGAUCAAUUAUCAACAAAAACCUAAAAAUAUACAUUAAUAAAUAAAGUUUUUGAGUCCAAAAACUACCGACCGGUUUAAGUGGCGCAAUUAAAAAUGUCUUUAAAUUGUUUUCCAUUUGCGAAACUUAAUGUCGGAAACAUAUUGAUUAACAACUUUGAUGAUAAGCUUGGUAGAGCUCCCGAUGUUUUCUUUCUAGUUUAUUGAAAACUAGAAAAACAAACAAAACAUUAAAAUAUAUUUCCCGAAGAUUUAUCAAGACAUCUUGCCAACGAACGUAGUUUCUCCGGCGUUCGGAAAGGUUUGUUAUUAAUAUUUCGAUGCACCGGUAGCACAACGUAACGUACUCAAAAUAUUUCCUUAAUUAGAUAGAAAUGAAUAUCACACUUGGCAAAACAUUCCGAUUGUCUUGAAUCGUCCCAUAAUGAUAAAGCAUUGGUGCGUUCGUGACGACUAGUCAUAUUGUGGAUAUUUUCGAUGUUUAGUUUUGAAGUAUUUUAUAAGUUUAGUUUAAACAUGUAUCAUUUAUAAAACAGUGUAUUUAAUUUAAACAUUUAUUAUCAAACUGUAAUAUUUUUGGAAUCUCUUAAUGUACGAAAGUUCAACUUAGACUUGCCCCAUUCAAAAUGUAGCACUUAUAAAAUAUAAUGCGGCCUUGUAGUGUUAGUUUGGAAUUCGACGAAUGGUGCUAAUUUUGCCAAAAAGAUUACACAAGUAGACUUUGAAGAGUUUUGUUGCAAAUGAAGAAUGAAAAAGAUUUAGAAAACCCAACAAAAGUUUACAGCAUAAACGCGCCUAAAGCUAGCAAAUGUAUGAUUUCACCCGCGCGUCUCUCUCCGUCCGCUUUAGUCACAAACCAAUCACCGCGGCUCGCGUCUACUGCAUACAAUUAUUAGAUAAAAUAUUAGGUACUAUGUGGUUUUAUUAACAUCCAAACCGGCUUGCUCGUGCCUAAGUGUAUUUUUUUGUAAUACCAACCGAAUUAUAAGCUGUUAAUGCAAAAUAAACUUAUUUUUUUGCCAUAGUAUUAUGUAUUAGGGUAUGAUUGGUGUCAAAUGUCUUAUAAAUAAUACAUUAUUCAGAAAAGUUGCACGUAAAACACGUCUCGUUAGUUAUAGAACUUUGGAGAUAUCUAUAUAAUCAAUAUUAGAAAAAAUAUGAUAAAUACAUAUUAUAUAAACUAUUAUUUCGAUAAAGAUCACUAUUUAUGUGUUUAUAAAGAUUUUUCUUAGGUAUCGUAAUAUUUUUAUCCUUUUAUUUUUUUUAAUAUCGGCAGUAGUAGUUUUUUUAAAACAGGAAUAAACUUUCAUGGAAUCAUUCGUUUAGUUUUUGGUAAUGGUUUUUCUUUUCUUCGGCAUAAUAUAUAAUAUGUCUAACGCUGGCGCAAAAAACUUUGUGUUCUCGUCUCAAUGGAGCGAGGGUGACUGACUGGUGAAAGAAAUGCAUGUUAAGUUUGCGUAAGCCAAGACGGAAAAUACAGUGUCCGCGGAACAUUAAGGACGUAAGCGCCUAAUGCUUUUUAUUUAAAUGACUCGUAAAAUAUACAAUAUUAAAAAAAAUCACUCAACAGGUCUCGGCCAAACUAAUGGGAUACAAUUCAAUACAUUUUUUAUUUCUUAAUACUCGCUAUAAACGAUUUUUUUUUAAAUGAAAUUAGAUAAAGUAAGAGAUGACAUUGUGAUUUCUGUUAUCGAGGAAUUUAUAUUAAAUUGUGUUUUUGGUCAGUGUCAAGCAUUGAAUUUGGAGUAUAGAAUCAAGAAAUAUUUCUAUUAUUUAUGAUUCAAAUAUCACAUACUUAUAGAUAAAGCGAGAUGUUCGAUUAGGGAUUUUGGUUAGCGCCAACUCUCAAGAUCAAAAUUAGCACCAAUCGAUCAGAAGACAGAAAGUGUACAUAUUUUUUAGAACUUCUAAUCGGGUACUAGGAAAUUACUCUCAAAGAGUCAAAUUGUAGUUUUUAGAUAGAAAUCAUAGAUAAUUGAGUAUUUUUAGAUAAAGUUAUUUGUAAGAGACGUUUAGAAUUUUACCUAACUACGGCGGCACUUAUAUUAUUGUAACAGUAAAAUAUUUUUAUCCGUAAUACAAUUUAAAUUCUCUUAUUUAAAUGUUAAAUAGUCUAAACAUAAAUUACUUGACUAGCUCCAGGUUAUUCGAAUUUAACAAUUUUGAUCAACGAAGUCUCAACACUUAUCAUAUUUAUAUAUAAAAAUAAAAUAUAUAUACUAAAAAAGUUUAAUUAAUGAAAACGCGGAUCAAGUAUUUAUACAUAUUAGGUUUUUAUUGAAGUGUAUUAGUUUGAAUAUCUAUCCUGGUUUGAAAGUUUUAGUGACUGUUUUAUUUAAAAGUUUGUAGGACGUAUUUGGAAUUGUCAACAAACAUUCUUAGACAAUAUUUUAAUAUUUUAUCUUUAUUGUUCGUUGACAGGUGGCAUUGUUGUUGACAUAACACAUUAAAAUAAUGGAUAUGCAUUAUUUUUUUUUUAAGCAUAAUGGUCGGCUUGGAGCAAUUAUAAUUGAUAAUUAUUAAUGCAUUGUAAGGUCAACCAGAAUAUAUCCAUUCUUAUACAACACUUUUUGUCUAUUCUCUGUAAAAAGUGCCAAAUUCGUAAUUCUAUACUAUUAUUUAAUAAUAAUUAGAAAGAUUAUAUCUUAUUUCUGUGCAUUAUGGUAAUCUAAAUGUUCAAAGGGAGGUUCCCGAAUCUAAUGUAUCCGGAGAGAUCUUUGGUACUUAAAAUGUUAGUUAAGGAAACGGUAAACGCCUUUUGUGUUUGUAACGAUAGGACGAGAAGAAUAAAGGCAAAGUGGUCAUGAAUUUAUGUCAUAAAACUUUAUAAAUAAAGAUUUUGUCGUACAAA